AUGAGCUUCCACCGGUUCUACCAAACAUGGUUCGACCAUCUCCGGCGCCUGGUGGACCAGCUAACCCAAGCCCCAAGACCUCCAACCACAGAAGAAGACCACCACAUCCUCCACCAACUAGUCCACAUGGUCACGUCCCACUACGCCGAGUACUACCGAGUCAAGUCCCUCUCCUCCAAGCACGACGUCUUCUCCCUCUUCGCCGCACCCUGGUCCACCUCACUCGAGCGGAGCCUCCACUGGAUCGCCGGCUGGAGGCCCACCACCGCCUUCCACCUCAUCUACACCGAAUCCAGCAUCCGGUUCGAGUCCCACGUCGUCGACAUCCUCCGCGGCCUCCGCACCGGCGACCUCGGCGACCUCUCUCCUGGCCAGUUCCGCCGUGUUAGCGAGUUGCAGUGUGACACUGUUCGCGAAGAAAAUGCCAUCACCGAUGAAUUGUCCGAGUGGCAGGUUUGA